AUGAGUGCAAACAAGAGUCUUAGAAGCUCCAAGUUGACCGUCAGGCCCAACUACAACCUAGGAGACAUGUCCAAGGGGAGAAACAAUACCAAAAGCAAAGAAACUACACCAUACUUGGUUCAAAAACCAUCACCAAUAUUU